GCGACUCUAAUGGCGCAUCGCAGUCCGACAGAUCCUGCUCUCCACAAAUAAACAACAGUAGUGCUUCACGAUCUGGCCUCGUUUGUACUUUUGCCAGUUGCACCGCGCUGCAGCCGCGCAUUGCGCUUUUGCUCAUUGAGCAAACCGCUUGGGCUUCUUUUUAGCGGCUGCUUUAUGCACUGAGGCCCAGAGGAAAGACGGCGGAUCGAUAUAAUAUGUAACAAGCGCCAACAUGACAUCAAGAUUUAGUAAAACGUACACGCGGAAGGGAGGAGAAGCCAGCUCAAAGUUUGACGAGGUUUUCUCUAACAAGAAAGCUACACUCACCACCAAAUGGGGAGAGUCCACCUAUAAGGCGCAUUUGGGCAUCAAACGACCCUCGUUCAAGCCAGAUGUUUCAGAGCUGACCAAACGACCCCGCUUUGAUGAUGACGACAGCUCAGAGGAUCCAUUUGGCUUUGACAGCGAUGAGGAGUCCAAAGCAGUUACAUCCAGAGAUACUGCUCAACCUGAGAUGGACUCGGAUACUACAGCAUCCAAGAAUAAGCAGUUAAAGACCCAGAUGGAAAAGCCGAGCGGGGGCACACUGGUGACCAGUACUUCCUCCUUGGGAAGCAGUACAAACCUCAGCAGAGGGCCGGUUGGUGUGAAUAGCCCAGCUAAAACAUCUCCAGCCACUUCGUAUGUCACUGGUACUGUAGGAACCUGGAGCAAAUCUAGUGUCACAGUAAAUAAACCGCUCUCCCAGGUCUCCAGCUUGAAGACCCCAAGUAGAGACAUCUCCAAUGACUGGGACAGUUUUGGGGAGGACUCUCCUUCCGGAGCCGGCGAGGGCAGUUCUUCUCAGACUGGUAACUCUUCUGAUGGGCUCAAGAGUGCAGAGCAGUGCCCUGCUGAACCUGAACCUCCAGUGGAGCAACCUGUUGACUUUGAGCAGCUUCCCCUUCUUAAACCAUCCAGUGACAGAGUGUACAGACGACCACGGGGUAAAGAGACGGAUAGUUUGGCUGCUGGAGAUGUGACAAUUCCUGCUGUGAGUUCGGUGUCAGCUCCUGCACCAGUGAUGAGCAAUGCAGGGGUUGCUGGGAGUUCUGGGGUGAAGCCUGCUGCUGGUCGGGGUCGAGUGAGGGACUACACCGUUCUUCACCCAUCUUGUGUGUCCGUGUGUAAUGUGACCAUCCAGGACUCCAUUGAAAGGAGCGUGGAUGAUUUCGUUAUGCCAGUGCAAGCUGACAUUGGAGAAGCAGGAACCUUCAGGAGGAAAGCAGACACACAGCCUGCCAAGCCUACCAGGUUUAGACCCACUCAGAGCAAAAGUAAAAAGGAGACAAAACUGGAGUUUUUUGGCUUUGAGGAGAACGAGGCUCAGGACGCAGAUGGAGACGCCACUGGCUCCGGCAGCACCAGCUACAAGAUCAAAUACUUUGGUUUUGAUGAUCUGAGUGAGAGUGACAGCGAGGAUGAUGACGAUUCAGCAUCUAGAGAGAGGAAGAAGAUAAAGAAAGCAGCGGCAGAGGCUUUGUCAACUGGCACAGGAAGUCCACAGUUCAGCGACUCGCAGGAGAGUCAACAGAGUCAAAGCAGCCUAAGUACAGAUUCUCAGGAGUCACUGGAUGAAACGGGAGCUACGGGCUCACAGAAAGAACGACACCGAAAGCAAAGCAACAAGUCAAAGGAGAUCGGGCGCAAGAUCUUCAGCGGACCAAAAAAAUCUCCUGCUAAAGCUGUAUAUAACGCUCGUCACUGGAAUCAGCCUGAGUCAGAGGAAGUUCAAUCUCCUGCUUCUCAUACUGUGGCUGUACCGAAGCCAAGUGCAUCCAGCAGCAGCAGCACUAGCAGCAGCAAAGACACAAAUUCCCAUAAAGAUGAUGGAGUGUUUAAAGCUCCACCGCCUCCUCCUAAAGUCAUCAAGUCUGUCACCAUCCCCACUGAGCUGAACCAGGACAUCGUCACCGCACUGAAAUGCAGGAAGGAGCACAAGGAGUUGUAUACAGUGGUCCAACACGUGAAGCACUUUAAUGAUGUGGUGGAGUUUGGGGAGAAUCAGGAGUUCACAGAUGACUUUGAGUAUCUGGAGACGGGCUUGAAGAGCACACAACCUCUCAACACACGCUGCCUUAGUAUUAUCAGUCUGGCCACACGCUGUGCCAUGCCAAGCUUCCGAAUGCAUCUGAGAGCCAGAGGGAAGGUGGCGCAAGUCUUUAAGAUGCUCAGUGAUGCUCAACAGCACCCGAAUAUGGCUCUCUGCACAGCGUCUUUGAUGUAUAUAUUGAGUCGAGACCGGCUGAAUAUGGAUCUGGAUCGGUCUUGUCUGGAGCUGAUGAUCCGGCUGCUGGAAAUGGAGCAGGACGACUCUAUAGCGGACCAGUUAACAGCUAAAGAAAUAAGCAAAGUAAAAGAGAAAAUCAGGAAACUCUGUGAAACAGUCCACAACAAGCAUCUGGAUCUGGAGAACAUCACCACUGGUCAUUUAGCAAUGGAAACGCUGCUGUCUCUGACGUCGAAGCGAGCUGGAGACUGGUUUAAGGAGGAGCUGCGCUUACUUGGGGGACUAGACCACAUCGUAGAUAAAGUGAAAGAGUGUGUGGAGAACUUGAAUAAAGAAGAGGAUAAAGACAGUCUAGUGGCGUCACUCUGGGGAGCAGAACGCUGCUUGCGAGUUUUGGAGAGCGUUACAGUCCAUAACCCUGAGAACCAGGCUUAUCUGAUUGCCUACAAAGACUCCCAGCUCAUAAUGUCCUCAGCAAGGGCCCUGCAGCACUGUGAGCAGAUGAUCCAGCGUUACAGCCGAGAGGUCUCUUCAUCAUCGAGCUCUACACUCCCGCAGAGCAGUCACAGUAAUGUGGGCAAAGCCGUGGAGGAUUGUAUGAGAGCCGUGAUCGGAGUUCUGCUCAACCUCACACAUGAUAACGAAUGGGGAAGCACUAAAACAGGAGAGCAGGAUGGCCUGAUACUGACAGCUCUGGACUGUGUUCUGAAGGUCCCACGCUAUUUGCCUCAGGAACAGAGAUUUGAUAUCCGUGUACUGGGUCUGGGUCUGCUGAUUAAUCUGGUGGAGUACAGUGCCAGAAACAGAGAGUGUCUGGUGGAGAUGGAGGUGGACAUGAGCUACCUGAUGGAGACCGAGGUGGUCGUUAAGAUAGAGAACGAUGUGAAGACAGAGGAACAAAAAGAGGAUCAACUGGAAGAAGAAGAAAAGCGAAAAGCGAUGCUUAAAUCAUUAAAUGCCUUGGCUGCUCUUGUUCAGCUCUUUCUGGAACGGGAGCAAGCAGCUGUGCUUGCCGAGGCACAGACUGAUGACCUCAUAAGUGAGGCACCCAAAUCUCAGGCAGACCAGAGUGGAGAGUGGCAGGAAACAUCAGGAGAGAUCCAGUGGGUUGCUUCAGAAACCAAUGACACAAAUGACAAGAAAGAGGAGGAGGAAGAGGAGCUCGACCUCAAUAAAGCCUUGCAGCAUGCUGGGAAACACAUGGAGGACAGCAUCGUGGCAUCAUACUCAGCUCUUCUGCUUGGGUGUCUCUGUCAGGGGAGUCCGAUGAAUGUGAAAACCGUACGGGAAAACCUUCCUAAAGGAGAUUUCUCUAUCAUGACUGAAAUGCUGAAGAAAUUCCUUAAUUUUAUGAACCUGACGUGUUCUGUUGGAACCACAGGACAGAAAUCUAUCUCACGGGUGAUUGAUUAUUUGGAGCACUGUUAGCAGAGGUGUCGCAGUUCCCCCCUACUCCGUGGGAUAAAUCUGGACCUGGCAAUGUGCCUUAGGCCCUUCAGGACAACAGAAAGCAGAUCCGAUGGUAAAGGUGGCUAAGAAUCGCUACAGAGACUUUCAUGAUUCUUUUAUUUUUUGCUUGUGCUUUUUUAUUUUUUCAAAUGCUGUCUUUGUCAUGCUCACACACACACACACACUUUCAGCAGUGUGUUUUUGCAGAAUAUUUGGUAUUUGAAGCACUGAUGAAAUGAUGAAAACUGUUAGAUCAAAAGUAUCAUUUUAAGCUAGCUGUUCUUGUUUGUAGUGUAAAGAUUUACCCUUAACAGAGUAACUUUAUUGAUAUUUCAAACACUUGAGCUCUGAGGCUUUGUUCACACUGCAGGCAAAUCUGAUUUGGUUUUUAAAUCCUCCCUUUACGACUGACUGUUUGCACAUGAUAUUUGUUCAGAUAGUCUUUUAUCAGCUGUAUUUAUAUUAAUAAUGAUGUAAGUGUAAACCGUCUCAAGAGAUGUUCUCGGAUCAUCACUGAUUGUUGUAGCAACUGGAAAUCAUUCGCAUCUUGCAUAGUACAGGCAUUUUAAGUAUUCAUAAAUAUACUAUAUCCGGAAGCAGUGUUAAAGACACUACCAUUCAAAAGUUUGGAAUUGGUGAGAUUUUUAGAAACUAUUUCUUUAAUGAAUUGUAUUAUUCACAUCAAAUCUAUAUUUAUUUGAUUAAAAAAAUCUACAUUUUACAUAUAAAUAAAACAUUUUAUGCAAAUAUUUUUUACAGCAAAGUUAAAAUCUGUGGUGCAAAGCUGAAUUUUAAGCAGUCAGUACCGCAGUCUUCAGUGUCACAUGAACCUUUAGAAAACAUUCAGAAGAAUGGUGCUUUUUAUGAAUAUUUAUCAUUUGUUUUUAUUAUUAUUUAUUAGGGAUGUACGGAUCACAACCCACUGUUUGGAACGCACAUGACCAGCGGAUUAAUAACUUUUUUGAACUUGUAGGUUAAUCCAACAUUUAUAACAAUUGCAGAGAGAUCGCCUCCUGUGUCUUUCAAAUCAUGUGUAUGAAAGCAUUUUUCCAUCCCUGUAAAAUACAAUAAUAAUGGAAAAAGUUGUGGUGGGACCUACCUAAAUGCUUUCUUGGGUUAUUUAAAGGUGUUCUCUGUUACUGUUUGCUUGCUUAGCCUGCAUAAACGCAUUUAGUGUAAAGCUGCACAAUUAAACAUUAAAAGAUUGUGAUCUCAAUUCAAACCCACGCAACAUGAAUGAUAAAUGCUAAUGAUUUGCAUAUGUUUAGUAAGCCUUCGAAGUGCUGCAUUCAAAUUUGCCUUCGAUUGAGAGAGAUUCACUUUUUCAGUUCGUUCCAAACAAUUAAAUAAGACAGAAGUAGUGGGAUAACAGUUUAUAAUCAGAUAUAAACACUGAUGUUUAUGGUAAAGAUUAAAAUCACAGUUUAAUGGAACUUGACGCUGGUGAAUGUUGUAGCAAUUACAUUGUUUAACCAAUAGGUGGCGACAAACAACCAUCAAAAUGAUGUCACUGAAUAGGUUUUAAA